CAGGUGGGAUUAGGGGGCGCACACAGCGUUGUUCCUGCUCCUGGGUGAUAUUCCCAGCUCCUGGGUGAUAUUCCCAGCCCUAGGUAAUAUUCGCAGCCCCGGGUGAUAUUCCCAGCCCCGUUCCGGCUGUUUUGCCGGGAAGGCAGCAGCGUUCCCGGACAGCCCUGCGGGAUGGAGCGCUCCGUUAAUGGUUAACGGCACCGCCGGCCCUGCUGAAGGACAGUGAGCCCCAAAAUCAUCUUUAGUAUUAUUUUUAUUAUUAUGCUGCCGUCUCCUGGACCAGUGGCAUCCCUGCUCUCCUGCUUUCUGCACAGCAUCCAGAGGUUGCCACGGACUUGAUUUGCUGCAGCUUUUUGCUCGGAUGGAUGGAAGGCUCCCAUCAAGGUUGUUUACCCAGUAAAUGGAUCCCUGAGGAGCUCCAAGGCAAAAAUCUUCUCCUGGGAGCUGACUGCCUCCUGUUUUCCUUUGAGCUGCCUAAAGAACAUCCCAGGAAAAUGGAGGAGCCCUGCACCUAACAGCCAGCUCUGCUUUCUGGAAUGCUCAGUGGGAAGGAGGCACCAUUCCAGCAUGAAAUCCAGUGCAUACCAAAUUUUGUGCUUCAAGGAUAAAGACUUCAUGUAAUUGCUGUGGGAUUCAGGGCUGCUGCACUCUCAUUCUUCUGACUGUUCAACAAGGCAAAGAUGAUCUGAAUGUUUAAUUGGACUAUGAUAAGAAGACAGGAGCUGGAAGUGAAAGAUGAACCCACUUCAUGCAAAGAAAUCAAGAUUUUUAGUGUGUGUUGCUGUCUGUAUGUUCAUCUACACCUUCAUUUACCUAACGGUUCCACUUUAUGACGAGUCAGAUGACCAAAAAUUCCAGGUCAAAAGAGCAGAGUGUGGUUUUUACCCCGAUGAACUUUGCUCGGCUCUUUUUGUGGGGAAACCUGCAGCCUCUAAAAUUGGAAACUUUUGUCAGAAGUCCUACCAGCCCAAAGCCCUCAGCUGCAUUCAGACUUCCUGCAGCUGCUCCACAGUUCUGAAGACUCUGCAUUUUAUCACCAAACCACUGUCAGAGGAAGAAGGAAAUUUCUCCUUGGCAUACAUUAUUACAAUUCACAAGGAGCUGGAAAUGUUUGUGAGGCUGCUAAGAGCUAUUUAUAUGCCUCAGAAUAUUUACUGCAUCCACAUUGAUGAAAAGUCACCCAGAGGUUAUAAAACUGCUGUACAGAACAUCGUUAACUGCUUUGAAAAUAUUUUUAUUUCCUCCAAAAGAGAACACGUUGUUUAUGCAGGGUUUUCAAGAUUACAAGCUGACAUUAAUUGCAUGAGAGACCUCGUUAAAUCCAAAGUUCAGUGGAAUUAUGUUAUUAAUCUGUGUGGGCAAGAUUACCCCCUGAAAACAAAUAAAGAAAUCAUACAAUAUAUAAAAACUAAGUGGAAUGGUAAAAACAUCACUCCUGGGAUAGUGCAGCCGCUGCAUGUGAAGCACAGGACCGAGGUCAGCUACAGGGAGUUUGUGCACUCUGGAGUGCCCUACGUGUACCCAGCAAAGGUCAGGAAAGCUCAGCCCCCAUAUAACCUGACCAUCUACUUUGGCAGUGCCUAUUACAUCCUCAGCAAGGCCUUUGUGGAGUUCACACUGAGUGAUGCCCGGGCUAAAGCUCUGCUGGAGUGGUCCAGGGACACCUACAGCCCUGAUGAGCACUACUGGGUCACCCUCAAUCGUUUACCUGAUGCUCCAGGGGCUACACCCAAUGCAGGUUGGCAAGGAGACCUAAGAGCCAUUAAAUGGAAAGAUCAAGAAGGGCUCUCACACAAAGGCUGCAAAGGUCAUUACGUCAGAGACAUCUGCAUUUAUGGCCUGGGGGAUCUGCAGUGGAUUAUUGAGUCCCCUCAUCUGUUUGCCAACAAGUUUGAGGCUGGCAGGAACCCCCUGGCCCUGGAGUGCCUGGAGCGGCGGCUGCGGCUCAAGGUGCUGCGCCGGGCUCAGGUGCCCAUCGAGCAGCACUGGCGCCUGCAGGAGCACAGCCCCUUCAACAUGCAGCUGGAUGUGUGAGCCCAGCCCCUCCCCAGCAGAUCCUGGGCAGGAAACAGCAGAAAAUGUGGAUAUUUACAGCCACAGCUUCACUGUGCAUCGAGGGUAAAGCACAAUCCUGCACAUAAACGGGGUUUAUUUAUUCUGGUAGCAAUGGGUUCAUUCCCAAGAAUGCCUGAAAUCAAGGGGGGAAGUUCAUCAUCCAUUAAGAGACUUAUGUAGCUGGAACAUCAAUAUUCCUCAUGUUCACGGCCAAAGCAUGAAAAUAAUAAAAUGGAAGCAGUGACUGAACAAAGAUAAAAUACGGAGAAAUAACAAAUUAAAGCCAUGGCCACUGAAUGUCUCGUGAAAUGUUUUGCUGAAAUUUCAAAGCUUGUACAUGAGUGAAAACCAGCUUGUGACACAGCCCGUGCCACUGGGGGGUGAGGGGUUGUUUUUGUUUCCCAUGGCCAGCCACAUCCCUAAUUUCAUUUUGUAGCAUGGCAACAUCACUGCUGCCCUUCCCAGGCUUUGCUCCUAAUAACAGAAGGAUCCUGCAGCACAUGUUUA